CUCUCUGCCGUCUCCACGGAAAGAGCCCCGCGCCGCCUCGGGCAGGACCAUGCCCCGCCAGCUGCUCUCAGGGACCGUGCUGCUGGGAGCCGCCUUCCUGCUCGCAGGAUCGACUUCAGGAUCAAAAUUAAAAGUUCCUGUGCUGAGCGUGAAUGGCAGACAGCACAUUGUUCAAGCAGGCCAGCCUUUAAAUCUCACAUGCAGGGGGGAAAUGCUUCAUUCAUGGUCUUUGCCUGAAACUCUAAGUAAGGACAGCAAAAGGCUGAAUGUAACUAAGUAUGCCUGUGGAAGGAAUGGAACACAGUCCUGCAGCACUCUGACCUUGAGCAGAACUCAAGCAAAUGACACUGGAAGAUAUAGCUGCAGAUACCCGACGAGUCCAGUGAAAAAGAAGAGGGAAUCUAUAGUCUACGUAUUUAUCAAUGAUACAAGCAAUCCAUUUGUAGAGAUGCACAGUGAUAUACCUAAAAUAAUACACAUGACGGUGGGAAAAGAAAUGAUCAUUCCUUGCAGAGUCACAGCACCAAACAUUGCCGUCACGUUGAAAAAGAUUCCCAGAGAAACCCUAAUUCCUGACGGCAAAACGAUAAUCUGGGACAACAUGAGAGGCUUCAGAAUACCUGAGGCAACCUACAGAUUCAUAGGGCUCCUGAGCUGUGAGACGACCAUCGGUGGGCACAAGUUUAGCACGAAGUACCUAACGCACCGAGAGACCAACACAAUUUUUGACAUUAAGUUGAGCACCCCACGCCUUGUCAAGCUGCUGAAGGGAGACAGCCUGGCAAUCAACUGCACAGUCAAGGCAGCCUGGAACACCCGCGUGCAAAUGACGUGGACUUAUCCUGGGGAGGCCAUGAAGAGAGGUUCUGUAACACAGCGCAUUGACCAGAAGAAUAGAGAAGCCAAUGUUUUUUACAGCAUUCUUGUUAUUGACAAAGUUCGUGAUAUUGAUAAAGGCCAGUAUGCCUGCCAUGUGAAGAGUGGACCCUCAAACAAAUUAGUCAACACGACAGUCAUAGUUUAUGAUAAGAGAUUCAUUAACUUGAAACGUCGAAGAAAAACUAUGCUGGAGGCUGUAGCAGGAAGAAAAUCCUAUCGCUUGCCAAUGAAAGUGAAGGCAUUUCCCUUGCCAGAGGUUACAUGGUUAAAAGAUGGGUUGCCUGCUGCUGAAAAGUGUGCCCGGUACAUGGUUAAAAAUUAUUCAUUAAUCAUCAAGGAUGUUGCUGAAGAAGAUGCUGGGAACUACACUAUAAUAUUGAGCUUACGACAGUGGAACUUAUCCAAGAAUCUUACAGUCACUCUUAAAGUAAAUGUGAAACCCCAGAUAUAUGAAAAUGCUGUGUCAUCAUUCCCUGAUCCAAAUCUGUAUUUAUUGAGCAGCAAACAAGUGCUGACAUGCACCGUGUAUGGUAUUCCUCCGCCAAAAAUAACAUGGAUGUGGUAUCCCUGUCGACAAAACCAUUCUAAAACAAGACGUGGCUUUUGCUCUCACACUGAUGGAUCUUUCAACCUGAAAACUGGGAGCAACGUAGGAAACAGGAUCCAGAGCAUCAUUGAGCGAACAGCCAUCAUAGAGGGCAAAAACAAGACUGCUAGCACUCUUGUUGUAGCUGAAGCCAAAUCUUCUGGAAUCUACAGCUGCGUGGCAUCCAACAAAGUAGGAAAAGCCGAAAGAAAUGUCAGCUUUCUUGUAACAGAUGUACCAAGUGGAUUCCACAUAAGUUUGGAAAAAGUUCCCAUUGAAGGAGAGAAUCUGGUAUUGUCCUGUUCAGCCAACAAAUUCAUGUACAAAGACAUUUCUUGGAUUUUACCGAGGACAGUCACUAAUCAAACGAAAGCAAGAAAGGCCCUCAAGGAAUACUCCAUCACCCUCACUCUGACCAUCAAGAAUGUUUCCCUGGCACACUCGGGCACCUAUACCUGCCGAGCAAGGAACAUAUUCACGGGGAAAGAAGUGCUUCAAAAGAAAGACGUUUCAAUCAGAGCGCAAGAGGCACCAGCUCUGCUGCGGCAGCUUGUGGAUCAGACGGUGAACACCAGUAACUCUGCCAUGCUGGAGUGCCAGGUUCAUGGCAUCCCCGAGCCCCAGAUAACCUGGUUUAAAAACCACGAGGAAAUACAGCAAGAAUCAGGAAUAAUUUUAGGGCCUGGAAGCCGAAUGCUGUUUAUUGAAAGAGUAAAAGAGGAGGAUGAAGGACUUUACCAAUGCAUAGCCACCAACUUGAAGGGAUCUGUGGAGAGCACAGCGUAUGUCACAGUACAAGGCACAGUGGAGAGAUCGAACCUGGAGCUGAUAACCCUGACCUGUACCUGUGUGGCUGCAACACUUUUCUGGCUCCUGCUGACCCUCUUCAUACGCAAGCUGAAGAGGCCUUAUUUAUCUGAAACAAAGAUGAAUCAUUACCUGUCGAUCAUCAUGGAUCCAGACGAAGUGCCCUUAGAUGAGCAAUGUGAACGUCUGCCUUACGACGCCAGCAAGUGGGAGAUUGCACGGGAACGACUGAAGCUAGGAAAGUCGCUUGGACAUGGGGCCUUCGGGAAGGUGGUACAAGCAUCUGCUUUUGGAAUUAAGAAAUCACCAACAUGCAGAAUUGUUGCUGUAAAAAUGCUGAAAGAAGGGGCCACAGCGAGUGAGUACAAAGCACUGAUGACUGAGCUCAAAAUCCUGAUCCACAUUGGCCAUCAUCUGAAUAUUGUGAAUUUGCUGGGAGCCUGCACAAAAAAUGGAGGGCCUCUGAUGGUGAUUGUUGAAUACUGCAAGUAUGGGAAUUUAUCGAACUAUCUGAAAAGCAAGAGGAAUUUUUUCAGCCCCACCAAGGACCCCUCUCUACAAGGAGAGCUGACGAAAGACAAAAAGGGUAUCGAGGCAAUGGAAGGCAAGAAACAAAGGCUGGCCAGUGUUACCAGCAGCGAGAGCUUUGCAAGCUCUGGGUUUCAGGAAGAUAAAAGUCUGAGCGAUGAGGAGGAGGACGAGGAGGAUGCUGCUGAGCUCUACAAGUUGCCCCUCACUAUGGAGGACCUGAUUUCAUACAGCUUCCAAGUGGCCAGGGGCAUGGAGUUCCUCUCCUCCAGAAAGUGCAUUCAUCGUGACCUGGCAGCCAGAAACGUCCUUUUAUCUGAGAACAAUGUAGUGAAGAUCUGUGAUUUUGGCCUCGCAAGAGAUAUUUAUAAGAAUCCUGAUUAUGUGAGAAAAGGAGAUGCUCGACUUCCUCUCAAGUGGAUGGCUCCAGAAUCCAUCUUUGAUAAAAUCUACAACACCAAAAGCGAUGUGUGGUCCUACGGGGUGUUGCUGUGGGAGAUAUUUUCCUUGGGUGCCUCUCCGUACCCUGGAGUCCAAAUAGAUGAGGACUUCUGCAGCAAACUAAAGGAAGGCACAAGGAUGCGUGCCCCAGAGCAAGCCACCGAGGAGAUUUACCAAAUCAUGCUGGACUGCUGGCGGAGCAACCCCAACGAGCGGCCGCGGUUCUCGGAGCUGGUGAAGCGGCUGGGUGACCUGCUGCAGGCCAGUGUGCAACAGGAAGGCAAGGACUACAUCCCCCUCAACACUAUCUUCACAACUGAAAGUGGGCUUCCCCCUGCAUCUGAUCCUUUGUGCAAUGAGAAGUUUCCUGUUCCAAGCCCAAGCUGCCGAAGCACGGAAAGAGUGAGAUACAUAAAUACUUUCAAAAUAAAGCCACCCCAGCGCAUAAAGACAUUUGAAGAGCUUCCCAUCAAGGAAACAUUUGUAUUUAAUGACUACCAAGCAGACAGCGGGAUGGUGCUGGCCUCAGAAGAACUGAAGCGCUUCACGUGGACAGGCAGCAAGCAGAAGUGGACACUCUUUGGCGUGAAAGGCGUCAGCAGGAGCAAGGAGUCAGGGCUUUCUGGAAUAGCAAAGCCGAGAAGCUUCUGCAGUUUCAGUUGUGACCAACUCAGCGACUCCAAGAGAAGAUACACUCACGGAAACACAGUGCUGGAGAAAAUGAAAGCGUGCCACUCUCCCCCUCCUGACUACAGCUCAGUAGUCCAUCACUCCCAGCCAUCCAUUUAAGUGUUUCCGAGCUAAGAUUUAUGUAGCUUGCUCUUAAGGUAAUGCCUCCUAUUCUUUUUUUUCUUUCAUGGAAACUACAACAGACACAAUGAGAACAAUAACAGUAUUUGGUACAGCAAAUUCUCAGCUACAAAAUGUUAUUUUUCAAUACAGUCAUCACCACUGGUCAAUUCAUGUGGAUGAGCUGGUCGAGACUCUUCAUUUUGCGGUGUGACAGCUGUGCAAGGCCAUCUGGAUGAUGCCUUCUCUUUCAUGUCUCUGUCACCACUGCCAAAAUGCACCACCCACUGCUUCCCUGUGCUCACAUCCACUGUCUGAUCUCCAUAAAUGUUCAGCAAGCUUCUAUGAAUGUCAGUGGGUGCCGUUUUUUCUGCAUGGAGGAACUCCAUGGCACCUUUGCGUUAUACACACUUUUAAGUCAGAUGCCGUCCUGUCAGACUGCCCCUGUGCUGCCAUCUGUCACACCACAAUACAUAUCAGAAUAUUGCUGGGAAGGUUCAACCUCUGCUGCCAUACCACCAACACUCGUCUCUGAUGCCACGGACCAGCGUGAUAAAAUAGGAGGCAUUACUUUUAGAGCAGUCCUCAUAACAUGCAUUUUUAAAAAAGAUUUCUCUAAAAUAAUGUCAGUUUAGACAUGUUAACCCCAGUAAUUUUAAUUAUGCUAAAAUUUAAGAGGAUAUCACUGACAAUCUAAGUGAUCUUUGUUUCUACAGACCACUAUAUACAUGUACAAAACAUAGCAAAAUACUGCUUAGGCCUUGACUUUCCUAAUGCUGAACAGCAAUAGCUGUAAUAACUUUCCCAGUGCUUCUGACAACCAGAACAGUCAUCAUUACAAACAAAACAAGUUCACGGUUGGUCCCUUGGCAGCAGAGGGGCACGCAAUGCUGCACUAAUCCAGCCUCCAGUUGGGAGAGGCAGCUGGGGGGAGUCCAUAGCAUAAAGCAUCUUGGAAUUUGCACCCUAUUGCUUGGGUCUAUAGUGAGGCUAUCUGUGUAGGGUUGAAAAGUGAAGGAUGCUCUGAGAACAACAAGAAGCAGAUCAUACACUACUUUGAGAUCCUCUGGGGAAGGCCAUUCCUCUGAAUGAGUCAGAUUGGGAUGAGACACCACACGUCUUACUGCUCCAGAGGACAAAAGAGGGAGGGAGUCUUGCAAAGCAAGAAUUUCAAAACACAGUUUGCAAGGAUACAAAAGACCUAAGAUCAAAGCCAGUUCUAUGAUAAGAGGGAACGCAGAUCAACUCAGUUUGGUCAAUCCUACUGGAACCAGGUAAAUUUUCCUGAAGUUUUGCACUUUGUCAAUGUGCCAACAUACACACACUGGAAACAAACAAGAUACACUAAAGCCAAGCUCUGUCUGUGAAAUCUAAUGGCCUUUCUAACACUGCACUGAGUAUAUUUUGUUUAUGGGACUCUGUCUGAAAAAGACACUAUGGCUACUAAACUGCACAUACUUAAAGCAAAGUAUUAAUUUCUAGAGAGUGCCUAGAGUGCAAUGGGAUUGUUUAGAAGUGACACGGCAAUCUGUUUAGAGAGUUAGGGCAGCUUUUUUUUUUAAUGAAGGCAGUUGAAUUUCUAGGUUAGUUAAUAGUAUAUAUGUACAGGAAUAAAAAUGCAUCAUUGAUUUAUAACAGAUUUUUGUAUAGCAUCUCAGAAAGGACGUGAAUGUUCCCUCUUCAAGGUGCAUAGGGAUGUACUACCCCCUUUUAUCUUUGAAUUCAGUGUUAACAAGGAUUUGGCCAUUUAACAGCAAUGAAUCAUUGAAAAUGUUACAUAGGAUUCUGAUCUCUUGAGUCAGUUUAAGAACUGUGAACUUAACCCAUUAACAGACCUAAAGGCAAAUGAUCUUUUGUAUAUUUACAAAGGAAAAUGAUCUCGUGUAUGCAAGUAAAAGAAAUAUGUAUUGCUACUUCUAAACUGUACCUCAGUUCCAGUUCCUCCUUCCCAAAAGAUCACCAGUUUUAAAUACAAACUAUUGCACCACCUCUUUCUGGUAAAAAUAAAAAAUAAAUUCAGAAAACAAUUUCUUAAGUCCAGUUCAGCAAAAAAAUUAACUAUGGGAUAAUGCACCUCUGAAGUGUUUGCACAAUGUAAAUAUAUAAAUAUGCUUUUUCUGCAUAAAUAUUUAAGAAAACUGAUCUACAAAGAUUACUUUUAUAUGAAUCCCCUAAGUUUCUGUGAUGUGAAUAACUCAUAUUUUAUCUUGCAUUUUCUGUCUUCGCAUAGCACAUUCGAACACUAAAUUCAUGCAAUAAAGUUUGCUUUUUGGAAGAAUCUACCAAAUCAGUUAA